AAAAAAAAAAGGAAACAAAUCAAAUUUUGUGAUCGUGACCGGGAAGAAGAUUUGAGCGAUUUUUCGCAGCGAAACUUUCCACAAUCAACGGAGAAGAUCGGCGAAUCGUAUAAUCGAAUUUAGGGUUUUGAUCUCUCUGUAAAGGAAUCACCUUUGGGGGGGUUUUGCGUUCCAUUUUUAGGUACGUCAAGCUCCAACAUUUCGGUUCAAUUCGCGCCUGUUCUAUGUUGGAUUUGAUUUUUCCAAUCAUUGGGUCUCUUAUAUGUGAUCAAUUUCUGUUGAAUUUGACGUAUGAUUGAAUUUAGAGAGACUUUGAUUUGAUUUUUGUUUUCUGGGUUUCGUUUUGAAUUUUGGUUUUAUUGAAUUUUCCUUACUGGAAUGUUGGUUUCUGCUCUUGAGAUUGAUCCCAUGUGAAUUUGGAAGAUGAAAAGUUAGUCAGGUUUGAGAAAUUUUGUACCCUCAGUCAUGGAUUUGGAGAGUGAAAGCUCUGUUCUUGAAUCUGUUGAAGAUAAUAAUGGUUUGAUUGGUGAAGUUGAGACUAUUGAGAAUAAACUGGUCUCUGCUUCUUCUACUGAUCUUGAUAAAGAGGUGAAUUCACCGGUUGAGAUUUCUCAUCUUAUUUCCAAAGGAUUUGGUUUAAGAAAAUGGAAGAGGAGAAUAAGGAGAGAUCUUGUUAAGGAUGAUACUUCUGCGAAUAUGGAGAACAGUAAAGUUCUGAAGAGGGUGUUGUCGGGGUUAGUUGAUCCGAAUGCUAAACACAUGCAUUUGCCGGGACCGGAUGUUAGACAAGAUAGUGUUGGUUCGGUUGGCUCGGUGAAUAGUGUGGUUGGUUUUGCAAUAGGUGGGGAUGGCCAUGGCAAUGGUCUUGCUUUUGCAGCUGGUGUGGAUUCGGAUAACAGUGAGGAUUGGAGUAGUAAGUCAUCGACUGCAGCCAGCGGUCCCAAGGUUAGGUACGAGAGUACAGUGGCUCAUUCUUGGGACAAACAUAGAGGGAAGUAUUCGGGUGGGAAGAGUGUGAUUAGUUCGGGUGAUAGUAGUCAACAAAGGAAGAGUAAUGUAGAGAAGAGUAAGAAACUUAGAGGAGAAAGGAUCAAAAUUGAGAAGGAAAACUCUCAUUCCAGUAUGGAAUCUGCUGACUCAAGAAGCUCCAACUUUGUGUUUAUGCAGGGUGCUUUCUAUAGUUUGAGUAGCAGAGAACAGGGCGGAAGAAGAAUGAUGGAUUACGACGAAGAAAUUAGUGAUCAUGACGCUCAUACUUCGAACAGAAAGGAUAACGUGGGAGACGAAGAAGAAGAAGGAACCGAAGAUUAUUCACAAGGAGACUCUGUUGAAGAGUCCCAAAUUAAGAACAAUGGUUCAUCAGACAAUCUGGAUCCAUUAAUAGUGGCCUUCAACAGUUUCCAUACUUUGCAAGAAGCCCUCCAAAAAGAACUUCAAAAUUUACAAGAGCUUGGGAAAGAACCUAUAACAUCACUACAUGAUGGAGGAGAAAGUAGCAGUUGCAUACAUGUGGGACCCGAACGAGCUAGUGAAGCAAGUUCUUCUCACCGGUUUGGGUCUAAAAAGAUGGGAGAAACAGGAUUAACUUCUCUAGAUUCCGAGCUACUAAACCUGGUGAACAAUGUAGAGCAUCUGGAGAUCAAACUAGGAGAAGCAAAGAGUAUUCUAAAGGUCAAAGAAACACAAAUACGUGAACUCGAAUCUACCAUAAGCGUUUCAAAGACGCAUAAUGGAGGAACAGAGAUCGGGAUCGAAGAAAUCUUCCAGCAAAAGAUGGAGGCAGAGAUUGAAUAUAUCAUAUUCUCAAGAUCAGUGGGAAACUUAAAGAGACGGAUCAAACUGAUCGAAGAAGAGAAGACAUUGGGGCUAUCAAAGCUUGAAAAAGCAGAAACAAAAGCUGAGAAUCUAAAGCUUCAAGCUCAAGAUUUACAAAACCAUUGUGUAGCGAUCACAGAGAUUCAAGAAGUGGAGUUCUUGAAGAAGAGAGUAUAUAAGACCACUAGAUGUCUUCUUCUACAGUUGUGCUUGCUUUUUAUGCUGUACUAUUUCAUGUUACCAGAGUCGGAGAUUGAUGUUCCCACAUGAUAGUUUUGUUUGAUGGAAUCUGUUUUAUUUCUUUUGUAUUUAUAUAUAUUGUAACAUCUUCGGCUCCAAUAGACCAACUCUUCUUUGCUUCUUCUAUGUUUUUCUGUGUGCAGCAAUGGCAUGACGUGUAUAAAUUGUUGCCUUUGUCAAC